UCACGCCGUCGGGUACAAGUCAUUUGAUACUUCCUCUUUUCGUAAAUGUCUUUCUUCUUGUUUCAAAUUUGUUUGUGACCUUUAUUGUCUUAAUUAUCUUCAGAGGUUGGCAAAGAUUGGCAAAGCUGCAUUCUUAUUUUUUUUUCAUAAUAAUUGCAUGCAAGGCAUUGUUACGUUAACUAAAUAAAUGUUCACAUUCACGUUUCGGUAAGAAUAAAAAAUGUGUUUUUCUACGUGAUUCCUUUUCUAAUCAGACAGUAGUAACCAGUUUAGUAUUACCAAGGAAAAAUCGUUUAUGAAAUCAGUUAAUUCUUGAAUUAACCACUACUAUACUCCGUUAUCUUUAUUGGUGUUUCCUUGCAACCCUGAGCACCUUCCCAGUGAGUAUUAGAUCCGAACUUAUCCAGUUGUACCCUUUGUAUGUCAAAUCAUACACAAUCGCUGACCGACUUAUAAACUCAAGUUAAAUGAACGGGGAGACAGUUUGUAAGAGAUCCCAGCAGACGCUGAACGAGUAUUAAGAUUUUGAGAAAAUUAAUUUAACUUAAAUUAUAUUAAACGUAGAUAAAGUGCAUUAAUAUCAACACUCAGAGCGCCGUAGCAUUUUGUAUCGACGCAAAUUGUGAUCAGUUAACUAUUGCUCUAGUUAUUUUGGCAGGCGUUAACAUUUUAAUUAUGGCUGUAUCACGGAUGUGUAAUAUUGUUCUAAGUGUGAUAUUGCCUAUGAUGUUUUCUAACACAUGCAACGCUAUUAAAUGUUUUGACUGCAAUAGCGCGAACAACUCGGCCUGCCUCGCGAUGCACAUCCCUAAGAUGCACGCCAUUAUCCCGGUGGUGGACUGUUCGGAGAAGUUGUCCAACACCAUUCCUAACCAAGAGUUCUUCUGCAGAAAGAUCACACAGACGAUCUUACACACAGACCAAACGCCUGAGGUGCGUGUGACGCGCGGCUGCGGUUGGGUAAAACACAAACGAGAAUGUUACAAAGCCGACAACAUGGACCAUCUCGAAACUGUCUGCCAAUGCUUCGGAGACAUGUGCAACGCGGCAACAACCUUCGAAAACGUCAAAAUGACAGUUCUAACAACCGUUGCCGCGCUUUUUGCCGCGUUCAAAACAUGGCGGGGACGCGCGUAAUGUCAAAUUACUCAAAAUGGCGAAUGUUAUUUUAAGAAAAUUAUAACUUAUUUAGAUCCUUUAGUCAUGUUUGUGAAUUAAUAUUUUGUCUGGACUUCUAUAUUCUGAUUGAUAUAGACUGUAUGUGUAAAUGUAACAGCCAUUAAACAAUUACGUAUUUAUGGAUCUGUGAUCAAUCAUGUUUAAUAAUUUCCUUGGUUGGAAAGCCAAAGGUUAUCUUUCUCAAUUACCUCAGAUACUUACGAUAUAUUUUGUAAAUAUAAUUAUGUACUAAAUUAUAAAUGUAUACGAGGAAAUAUGUUUGUUUGCUUUUGCGGUGUGAAUAAAUCUAAAAGAACUGAAAUCCUUUUCUUUGAAGAACCAUAA